AGAUCGAUCCAUGUAAUACCUAACCUAACUUCCCCAAUGUUACGAUGAUCAACCACGUAGUCAAUGCCGCGGUGCUGCAGGUAACUCCGCAAGUUCCUAUUUAGAAACACCACCAUCGUUCUAUAACCUAUAUUCAAAGACACGCCACUUGACCAUCUAUUGAUCCAAACAAUGGUGCCUACUCUAACGGAGGCACUUGGCCCAGACGAAGAUUGGUCCGGUCUGAAGGACGCAAAACUAAGACGAAAGUUGCAGAAUCGCCUUAACGUUCGCGCACAUCGAAGACGAAAGGCUCUGCUAUCGAAGACGAAAAGCCAGUCAACAGACCCCGUCAUAGUCGGCCAGGUAGAGCAAUGUCAUUCACCAGAGGGCAAAGAACGCGAGACACAACGCGAUGCUUAUUCCUUGAUGGUUAAGUUUUCGAAGUUGCAGUUACAGGGGAGCCAUGGUGCUUCGGGGGAUCAAACAAUAAUAUUUCCACUUACACUAGACCACUUAAUCCCUUUAGUACAAUACAACUUCAUCCGCGGCGUUCUAACUAACAUGGCGAUUCUGGGUAUGCAGAACGCCUUUGCUGCUGAAUGUUCUCGACACUGGAUGGGCAUGCCGCUCUUCCCGGCCCCAUCCACUAUCCCCGAGUCUCUCCAGCAAACAGAAUUGCAACGAAAUACGCCACAUGAGCCGUGGAUUGAUCUCAUACCAGACAAGAAAAUGCGCGAUAACGCGAUACUGGCGACAGGAGCUUACAAGAGAGAAGACAUCGAUACAGCUGUGGCAGGUUCAAUUACUGGACAAACGCACAUGAUCGAAAUGAGUGGGUUGAUAGCUUGGGGCGAUCCUUGGCAACCCGAAGGAUGGGAAAUGACUGAAGGAUUUAUAAAAAAGUUCCCAUUUCUUGUAAAAGGUUGCUGGAGCAUACUCGAGUCCACCAACCGAUGGCGGGCAUUGCGAGAUGAGGAACCUUUGGUUGUUGAAUUAUAGUUGGUGCUAGCACAUUUUCUACGGCAAUGUGGAAUAGACAUAACCCAUAUCUACCUAGGUUAGCUUAGUUUGUAAAACGCCCGACGAAGAUCUCCUUUUCAUGUAAGUCGUGUAAGUCAUGUUAAUUAUAUUGGAGGGUAUCACAUGUUUUAUACGUAUACGUACACGUACAUCUCAGACCUAAUUGUACAUAAUAUACAAUCCAUUAUGUAUGUACGAAGUAGUGUGACCUUUUAAAGUGC